CACGUGAACAAUAAUGUUGAAAAUGCUGAUAUUGAUGGCAUUGAUAAUGAUAUUCAAGAUUCUCUUUGUGUAAUCACUGAAAGCCCACCUCACUCUCCAUUUAGUGAAAUGUUAACAAAUAUUUUAGGAAAUUUACAUAUCAACAUAGAACAUGGGGUAAUGCAGGGUAUUAAGGUGGCUGUAGACAAUUGGCUUUAUCCUAAUGAUAAGGUUUAUGAAGAAGCUAUUCGAAAGGAACUUGAAAUUCUCUGCCCAGACAAAAUGGAAUGA